AUGUUCGCCUCCAUUCACCUUGUCGAUCCCCUUUACAGCGUUCCGACUUCAGGUGCUUCCUCGCUUGAGAAGCACCGAUUAGCUCGUUGUGCCCUGGAGGCCUUCCGAGACUGGUUCUCCGGGGCCUCCGUUGCAGCUUACGCGAGCUUGGCAGAGUUCGAGACGAGCGCGGCGCGGGAUCUGCAGUUGGACCUGAUCUUGAAGCUGGAUGCUGAAGGAGUAGAGCUGGAGGACUGCGCCGCACAGCUCCGGGCUGGGCGCCUUGCCAGCGAUGGCCUGUUCUUUCGUCUAUGUGGCUGUGAUGGUCAUGAUGCACCCGAGUGCGAGGAUGGCAGCAGUUGCCAAAGGCUCUUCCGGCGGCUUCUCUCUGCACGCUGCGAGGGCAGUGCCUGGUCUGCGGGUGAAGAGGUUUUCUUCGAGCCUCCUCCACCCGACAAGCACUGCAUGGAGCAUCGAACCAGGAUCGCGACCUCUUCCCCGCGCGACCGUGCGGCUUCUGAGGGGCUUCGCCUGCUGCGUGUCGUGGCAGAGGGAGUCAGCAGAGGAGUGGUUGCCAUUCGCGAUGCGCCGAAACCUGAUGGGGCCAUACUGGGCGUGAAGCGCCGGGGCGACUUUGUCGUCGCUGAGCUGGAGGAGCCGCCAUGGGUACAACUCUCGAUUGAGGAUGACUGGCUCGCCGAGUUCAGCGAGCUCCAGAGGUUGGAGGGUGCGCCAGCACCUGUCAAUGCCUGGAUGCUGCAAGACGGUGCCACGCUGGGCUUCGGCGUAUUGCUUGCCCCGGAAUGA